AUGCGUUAACCAUCAUUGUUUUCACCAUAAAAACAAGCAAGAUUUGAAAAGUCUCACAAUUCAUCUGGAUUUGCAACCUUUUAAACAACUACUUAAUUAAAUUCUAAAUAAUUAGUUGAUUUUAGAAAAGAUGUUCGAACCAAUAUGUCAUCUAGAGAACCUUUUACUAGUUACUAAGAAAAGUCACCUUAAUUAUUUGCUUCAUGGACAAAAGCAGAAAGAAUUGUUCUGUAUUAUAUUAUUUCAUAUUUCUUAGAGAAGAAUAAAAGGUUAAUAAGAGAUCACCUAAAAAAUCAAGAAUUCUUGGUGGACUCAACUAUGAUGAAAUCUUUGACAAUAGAGGACCUUAAUCUAAAAACAGAAAUAAUAAAAUAGAUUAAUUAUUUAAAAGAUCUCCUGCUAAAGAUUUCUAAGAUAAUUCCUUUACUUCAUUUCCUAAACCUUUUUUAUAAAAUAAAACAUUAGGCUCAGGUUAUAAAGAAUCACCACAAAAAUCUAGAGAAAAAUUGGAAAGAUUUAAAAAUUGGGAUAAUAGACUUGAUGUUUAAUUGAUACUCUAAAACAAAUCAAUAUCAAAUAGAGUUUCACCUUAAGGAGAUAAACCUCUAUUCUAUAAAUAUGUUAAUGAAGUUUAAAAAGGACUCUUUGAUAAAGGAUCUAAUAAUCUUGAAUUUAAUUCAAUUCCCAAGCCAAAUCUAUUUCAAUAGAAAAAAUAAACAUUCUCUUUUAAUGAUACUUUUAAUAUUCAAAAAUCAAAUUCCUUUUAAAGAAAUCAUUCACCUCAACUUUCAAAUCGAUUUAUGGAAAAGAUUCCUUUAACAGACAUUGUAAGAAUGACAUCUCAUUUUUCAUCAUUGUCUACAUAAGAAAUAGGAUAAAUUUCUAAAGGGUAAGAAUAUUUAUUAUAUUUAGAUAUGUAUCAGAGCUAGGUAAUUUAGCUGAUAUUUUGUAGAGAAUAGUAAAAAGAUCAAAUAAAAAUACUUGA